GGUGGACUGUGGAGUUCCUCAGGGACCACGUGUUUGUGUGUGGAUCAGAUGGCCGCGUCGGAACGCCGUGGCCUCCUCCUCUCGGAGUCCCGCUGCCUUACGAGGGAACAACAACCUUACUUACACUACCCGCUCGUCCAGCGACAGGAAGUAAAUACGCAUCGGGCUUUCACGUUUGUGACCUUCAUUCAACGCUUGACUUCCUCCUCGCUCUGAAAGGCUUUUUAAUGACAUUCCACCUGGAUGGUUUCUCCUGAUCUGGUUUUCUCCAAGGUGCAGUGUAAACACAACAAGGAUGGUGAUGAUGGACAGAUAGCAGGAGAAGAAGACAAGAUGUCGUUGUUCGGCCGGGACUGUGUCAGGAAGAAAGAGCGAGAGCUGGAGAGGAAGCUGAGGGCCAACGACCGAGGAUACAACCUCUCCUUUAAAUAUGCAACCAACGCCAUCAAGACCUCCAAGUACAACUUCUUCACCUUCCUACCUCUCAACCUCUUCGAGCAGUUCCAGAGGAUCGCCAAUGCCUACUUCCUGUUUCUGCUGGUGCUCCAGGUGAUUCCCGAGAUCUCCUCGCUGUCCUGGUUCACCACCGUGGUGCCGCUGGUCCUGGUGCUGUCCGUCACCGCCGCCAAGGAUGCCACCGAUGACAUUAAUCGCCACAGGAGUGACAAUCACGUCAACAACCGAAGGGUCCAAGUCCUCAUCGAUGGAAAGCUGCGCAGCGAGAAGUGGAUGGACGUGCAGGUGGGGGACAUCAUCAAGCUGGAAAACAACCAGUUUGUCACCGCCGACCUCCUGCUGUUGUCCAGCAGUGAACCGCUCAACCUGGUGUACAUUGAGACAGCCGAGCUGGAUGGUGAGACCAACCUGAAGGUGCGGCAGGCGCUACCGGUGACGGGCGACCUCUGCGACGACGUCAACAAGCUGGCGGACUUUAACGGCGAAGUCCACUGCGAGCCCCCCAACAACCGCCUGGACCGCUUCACGGGGACGCUGAGCUACGCGGGGCAGAAGUACGCUCUGGACAACGAGAAGAUCCUGCUGCGAGGCUGCACACUGAGGAACACGGAGUGGUGCUUUGGCUUGGUGCUUUUUGGAGGUCCAGAAACCAAGCUGAUGCAGAACUGCGGGAAGAGCACCUUCAAGAGGACCAGCGUGGACCGUCUGCUGAACGUGCUCGUCCUCUGUAUCUUUGGCUUCCUGGCCUUCAUGUGCACCAUUCUGGCCAUCGGGAACUACUGCUGGGAGCUGGACGAGGGCGCCCCGUUCACGGCCUUCCUCCCCAGGCAAAAGGGCGAUGACGCCGCCUUCUCCUCCUUCCUCACCUUCUGGUCCUACCUCAUCAUCCUCAACACCGUGGUGCCCAUCUCGCUCUAUGUCAGCGUGGAGAUCAUUCGCCUGGGGAACAGCUUCUACAUCGACUGGGAUAGAAAAAUGUACCACGGCCGCAGCGACACCCCGGCCGAGGCGCGCACCACCACGCUGAACGAGGAGCUCGGCCAGAUCAAGUAUGUCUUCAGCGACAAGACGGGCACGCUCACGCAGAACAUCAUGACCUUCAACAAGUGCUCCAUCCACGGCAAGUCGUACGGUGAUGUUUUGGACUACAAAGGAGAAAGACUAGAAGUCAAUGAGCACACAGAGACCGUGGACUUCUCCUUCAACCCGCUGGCCGACCCCCGCUUCACCUUCCACGAUCACGCCCUGGUGGAGGCCGUCAAGCUGGAGACCCCCGAGGUCCACGCCUUCUUCCGACUGCUUGCCCUCUGCCACACCGUCAUGGCGGAAGAGAAGAAAGAAGGGGACCUCCUCUACCAGGCCCAGUCUCCUGAUGAAGGCGCGCUCGUCACGGCCGCAAGGAACUUUGGCUUUGUGUUCCGCUCCAGGACGCCGGACAGUGUCUCCAUCGUGGAAAUGGGACAGCAGCGCACCUACGAGCUCUUGGCCAUCCUGGAUUUUAACAACGUCCGCAAGAGGAUGUCCGUCAUUGUUCGCAGCCCCGAGGGGAGGCUGUCCCUGUACUGUAAAGGGGCGGACACCAUCAUCUACGAGAGGCUGCACCAGUCCUGCGGCAAGCUGAUGGACGUCACCACGGAGCACCUCAACGAGUUUGCGGGGGAAGGCCUACGGACUCUGGCUCUGGCCUACAGGGACCUGGACCAGGACUUUUUCACAGAGUGGAAACGGCGCCACCACGAGGCCAGCACCUCGCUGAACGACCGCGAGGGCAAGCUGGACCGGCUGUACGAGGAGAUCGAGAAAGACCUGCUGUUGCUAGGGGCGACCGCUAUAGAGGACAAGUUGCAGGACGGCGUUCCUCAGACCGUUGAGCAGCUGUCCAAAGCCGACAUCAAGAUCUGGGUGCUGACUGGGGACAAGCAAGAAACGGCUGAAAACAUUGGCUAUGCGGCUAAUUUACUGCGCGAGGAGAUGAACGACGUCUUCAUCGUCUCGGGCAACUCGCCGGAGGACGUCAGGCAGGAGCUGAGAAACGCACGGACCUCCAUGAAACCCGACGCCAGCGAGGAUCCAGUGUUUUUACCACCUCGGACUCUUGCUAAAAGCGUGGCGGCCCUCACGGACGAGGCGGUGAACGGAGAGUACGGCCUGGUCAUCAACGGGCACAGUCUGGCCUACGCGUUGGAGCGCAGCAUGGAGCUGGACUUCCUGAGGACGGCGUGCAUGUGCAAGGCGGUCAUCUGCUGCCGCGUCACCCCCCUGCAGAAGGCUCAGGUGGUGGAGCUGGUCAAGACGUACAAGCAGGCCGUCACACUGGCCAUCGGCGACGGCGCCAAUGAUGUCAGCAUGAUUAAAGCGGCCCACAUCGGCGUGGGCAUCUCGGGCCAGGAAGGCAUGCAGGCGGUGCUGUCCAGCGACUACUCCUUCGCCCAGUUCCGCUUCCUGCAGCGCCUCCUGCUGGUGCACGGCCGCUGGUCCUACCUGCGCAUGUGCAAGUUCCUGCGCUACUUCUUCUACAAGAACUUCACCUUCACCUUCGUCCACUUCUGGUACGCCUUCUUUUGCGGCUUCUCCGCCCAGACAGUUUAUGACGAGUGGUUCAUCACGCUCUACAACCUGGUGUACACGGCCUUACCUGUGCUGGGAAUGAGCCUCUUUGAUCAGGAUGUGAACGACAUGUGGAGCUUCCAGCACCCUCAGCUGUACGUCCCCGGCCAGCAGAACCUCUACUUCAGCAAGACGGCCUUCUUCAAGUGCGCCCUGCACAGCUGCUACAGCUCGCUGGUGCUCUUCUUCAUCCCCUACGCCGCCGUCAACGACGCCGUGCGUGGCGACGCCAAGGACGUGGCGGACUACCAGUCCUUCGCCGUCCUCACACAGACCUGCCUGCUCUUUGCCGUCACCAUCCAGCUGGGCUUGGAGAUGUCCUACUGGACGGCCGUCAACACCGUCUUUGUGGCGGGAAGCCUGCUCAUGUACUUUGCCGUCACCUUCACCAUGCACAGCAACGGCCUCUUCCUCAUCCUGCCUGCCGCCUUCCCCUUCGUAGGCACGGCCAGGAACUCCCUAAGCCAGCCCAACGUGUGGCUGACCAUCGUCCUCACCUCCAUCCUCUGCAUCCUUCCUGUGCUCACCUACCGCUUCCUGUUCAUCCAGCUCCGCCCCACCAUCAACGACAAGGUGAUGUUCAAGGUCCGCCAGGCCAAGGCGACGCCUCCCCCACCGCCUCGCCGCACCCGAAUCCGCCGCACCAGCUCCCGCCGCUCCGGCUACGCCUUCUCCCACGCGCAAGGCUACGGCGACCUGGUGACGUCGGGCCGCUUCCUGCGGCGCCCGACCGUGCCGCGCCCCUCGGGCUUCUCCCACACGGGGCGCGCCACCACGGGCUUCAGCCCAAUGGGGCGCUCGGCCGGGUACAGCCCCACGGGGCGGGCGCAGAACGUGAAGAAGGCCCAGGAGGUGGAGGUGACCUCGCUGCAGAUGUACAGGACCAUCAGUGAUGCUGCUCUUUGAGCAAAAGGGGAUUCGGGAGAACCAAAGAUGGAGGAAUCUUAGAAGAGGAAGUGGCGCCGUGUUUACAAGCUAGGGAAUCCUGGAAGUCCACAACUUCAAAGCCAUGUUGCCUUAAAACGUUUUUAUGUAUUUUAAAGUCACAGGAGAACCUCGUCUUUCCAGAACAGUGUCCGAUUGAGUCAUGAUACACUAAGCUAACCUCAUGCUGGGGCUUUCAGACAUCAAUAAUCAAUUCCACAAAAUGGAUGGACGGAUGGAUGGAUGGAUAGAUGGAUGGAUGGACGGAUGGAUGGACCAAGAAGCUGCAUUCUUUUCUUCUUCAUGCUGGAAAUAAAAGCAAAAAAGGUGCUGAUGAAGCAAACCAUUCAACACGACAGGGUGUCUACAAUACCAAUCCAUCCGUGGAAGAUGCAUUGAAUGCCUCACGAUGCAUUUGAGGACCUAAAAAUGUCAAAAAAUCUGAUGACAUGUAACAUUCAUUCAUUCAUUCAUUUUCUACCGCUUUUCCUCACGAGGGUCGCCAGGGGUGCUGGAGCCUAUCCCAGCUGUCUUUGGGCGAGAGGCGGGGUACACCCUGGACUGGUGGCCAGCCAAUCACAGGGCACAUAUAGACAAACAACCAUUCACACUCACAUUCAUACCUAUGGACAAUUUGGAGUGGCCAAUCAAUCUAGCAUGUUUUUGGAAUGUGGGAGGAAACCGGAGUACCCGGAGAAAACCCACGCAUGCACGGGGAGAACAUGCAAACUCCACACAGAGAUGGCCGAGGGUGGAAUUGAACCCUGCUUUCCUAGCUGUGAGGUCUGCGCGCUGGACCGCCGUGCCGCCUUGACAUGUAACAUAUAAUCCAAAAAUAACCCAAUUGAGUAUGCGAUGUCAUAUUUGCCUUGCUCCGUUUAGCUCUUCGAUGCCACUAUAGACGCUGCUGUAUGUAUCAAUCAAUGUAUUGGAACUUUUAUAUGCAUUACUAUGGACGGGUGGUUACCCUGAGGGUAAAAUCAUGUGACUAUGCUCUUUUUUUAUACCUGCAAGAUCUGCAUUAAAAAAUACAGACGUCUGCAAUAAUUUGUUUAUUAUGACUUCUGGCCAGCAGAGGGCAUAAUAACCCUCUAAAGCAGGGGUGGGCAAACUACGGCCCGGGGGCCACAUCCGGCCCGCCAAGUGUUUGAAUACGGCCCGCCCAAUCUUUCAAAAGUAUUUAAUUUAAACUCAACAUACAACCUGGCAUCAUGGCCUGAGCCAACCUUUUGAUGGUUGUAUCAAUUUCGUUGUUUGACAUGGUCUGUUGUUUACAAAGU